AUGUCUAAAGAUGUUGAAUUUCACGUGAAUGAAAAACUUAAAGCAGCUGAAUUGUUUGCCCUUCAAUUAGAUGAGUCUACAGAUGUAACCGGAAAACCUCAGGUCAUGACAUUCGUAAGAUUUAUAUGCGAUAAUGAGUUGAUAGAACAAUUUUUAUUUUGUAAAGACCUUCCUGAAACUACAAGAGGACAAGACAUUUUUAAUUUGGUUAACAAUUAUUUUACCACUGCCAAUAUAUCAUGGAAGUUUUGUUUGAGUGUUUGUACAGAUGGGUGCCCUUCAAUGAUUGGUCAUUUAACAGGUUUUUUGGCAUUAGUUAAAAAAGAAAACCCGGAUAUUAUUUUCACUCACUGCUUCAUACAUAGAGAAGCUCUCGUUGCUAAAUCUUUGAUGCCUGAGCUCAAUGAAGUAUUGCAAACUGUUGUCAAAAUGGUAAACUUCAUUAAAAGUAAACCUUUGAAAUCAAGAUUAUUUAAUCAAUUGUGUUCUGCUAUGGAUAGUGAGCACACCCAGCUUUUGUUUCACACAGAAGUAAGAUGGCUAUCUCAUGGACGUGUCCUACAAAGAUUUUAUGAACUUAGAGAAGAGUUACUAUUGCUUUUUACUUGUGAAGAAUCAAAAUAUGCUGAUUUUCUCAGUGAUGAUUCCUGGUGUGCCAAAGUAGCCUUUCUAGCAGAUAUAUUUGAAAAACUGAAUCACUUAAACAAGAGCAUGCAAGGAAAGCAAAAGAACAUUUUAACAUCUACAGAUAAGAUCAGUUCUUUUCAACAGAAGUUGUUACUAUGGAUUUCAAAAAUUGAAAAACAGACAAAUUGGGAUAUGUUCGAUCUUGUCAAGAAUUGUCACGUUAAUUCAGAUCUAACAAACUUAAUUUUAAAAAGUCUACAUUUGCUUUAUGAAAAUAUAAAAAAGUAUUUUCCGUCUUUGGAUGUCUCAUCGAUGGACUGGGUAAGAAAUCCUUUCAUUGACUCAGCAUAUGAGACUGCAUUGUUUACCACUGAUGAAGAAAGUGAAUUGAUUGAUAUAAAAAAUGACCGUGGUCUUAAGCUACAGUACUCUAAAUUAGUUGAAGAUAUUGCGAGAGAGUCAAAGUUAAAAAAAAUCAAAAUAAAUGUAGAUGUCUCAUCUUUUUGGAUAAACCUAUUGCAUGAGUAUCCCAAGAUUUCAAGAAAAGCUAUGAAUGCGAUACUGCCUUCUUCUACAUCCUAUAUUUGUGAAGCAGCAUUCUCUUCAAUGAAUGCCAUCAAAACUAAAAAUCGAUCACAACUGAAGAACUUGGAAGACGACAUGAGAGUGUGCUUAUCAACUAUUCGACCGCGAAGGAACCUAAUAAUGAAGAGAAAACAGUCCCAAAUUUCUCACUAA